UGUUUCAUACAGUAAAAAAACAUCCAAACCAUUUUAGGUGACUCACUGUAUUUUUCCUUCCUUCAAAAUGAGUAAAGGAGACAUGCUGAAUUAAAAAUGGCACAGCAGAAAUAACAGCAGAAAUGCAGCCGUUACCCCGGUAACCCCGUAAACAGAGCAGUUGCUACUUUCUGUUCUGAACAGUAUUUGAAUGUUUUAAACAGCCAUUCAGAUUUUUGUAUUUGCAAAGGUGUUCAUCUCAGCACUAAGUACCUAAAUAAUUAAAAACUAUUUAUUUUCAAACUUAAACAUUUUUACAUUUUAAUCUGGACUACAGCAUGCCCUAUAUUGAUUGAAAAUUCAAGUUCUGAUUAUUUAUGCGUGACCUUGUGUGACCUCUUCAUACAGGCCUCUGUUAAACUUGUUUGGGGUCACACUAUGCAAGAAAACUCUGUCCUGCUGUCAAAAAUUGUGUUUUGUGCAAUCAAAAUGGUGACUGCAUAUUCAAAUGAAUAAUUAUCCCAUGCUUUAUAGGUCACUAACCAAUAAAAUAAUUUAUUAGAUGAAUUUCUUUGCGACUGUGAAGAUGUUUCAUGCAAAAAGAAUUGAUAAAACAAAACUCCAUGAUAAUUAUGUGGCCAAGACACAGACUGAUAUUCAAGCUCUGCAACUAUGAUGUCACAAAGACAUUCUAGAACUCUGCUGAGCAUUGGGUCUCCACAAAGACACAAACCUGAGAUUACUUUGAUCAGAGUUUUGAGGUGAGAAGACUAAAUAUAUUUAAAGACCAACAUCAGACAGAACAUGGAGUACACUAACAUAAGUGCCACAGCCUUUAAUUUGUUUGAUGAAGCACGUUCACUGGGUGAACACACCGACGUGGUCAUCAGGGCAAACGACACCGAAUUUCGAGCGCACAAGAUCAUCUUGUCUGCCUUCAGCCCUUACUUUAGGGCUCUUUUCUCCAACAACUGGAGCAGCACAGAAAAACAUUUUUAUGAAAUUCCAGGAAUGUCCCAAGAAUCCCUGUCUCAGAUUAUUCAAUACACGUACACAGGAUCUGCGCACAUUACAGAAGACAAUGUGUUAGAGCUCUUGGUGGCGGCUGAUCAGUUUUUGGUGUCAGGUCUUGUAGAUGCCUGCUGUCAGUUCCUGGAGGAAUAUUUAUCCUCAGAGAACUGGACUGGCAUCUACAGGUUUACCGAGGACUUUUAUUCCUGCUCAAAGCUCCACCAUAAAGCAAUGCGCUACAUCCUGCAGAACUUUGAGGAGGUUCUGCUCGUACCUGAGGAGUUCCUGGAGCUCUCGCUGAAACAACUAGAAGAAAUCAUUGAUAAGGAUGAGCUGAAUGUCAAACAGGAGAAGGUGGUUUUUGAAGCAGUCCUCCAGUGGAUUUAUUAUGAACCUGAAAACAGGAAGAAACACAUUGCUGUGCUUCUGCCAAAGGUUCGAUUGGGCUUGAUACCAUCAGACUACUUCAUCAAUAAUGUGAAGUGCAAUGCACUGGUGAUGGAGAAUGAAGCCUGCAAGCCUGUUAUUAUCAAUGCAAUGAAGACUAUGUUUGACCUCAGCAUGGAUGAACCCACCAACCAAGAGCUCAUACAUCAACUGACACGCCCACGUCUGCCCUCAGCGAUUCUAUUGGCCAUCGGAGGAUGGAGUGCCGGCAAUCCCACCAAUGUGAUUGAGGCAUAUGAUGUGAAGGCAGACCGCUGGGUCAGUGUAACUCAAGACGAUGAGCAUCCUAGAGCCUAUCAUGGUACAGCAGUCCUGGAUGAGUUUGUUUACUGUGUUGGUGGUUAUGAUGGUGUGGAGUAUUUCAACAGCGUGAGGAAAUGUAAUCUCAUCACUCACACUUUUCAUGAGGUGGCCCCCAUGUAUGAACGCCGAUGCUAUGUUAGUGUGGCUGUUCUGGACGGGCUCAUUUAUGCAAUUGGUGGUUUUGAUAGAUAUCAACGACUUAAAACAGCAGAGCGUUAUGAUCCAAACACCAAUCAGUGGACACUGAUAGCACCCAUGAAUGAACGGAGGAGUGACGCCAGCGCCACCUCACUGCAGGGCAGGGUUUAUGUCUGUGGUGGUUUUACCGGGAUUGUGUGUCUCUUUUCCGCUGAGAGCUAUAACCCUGAAACAGACCAGUGGACUCUCAUCGCUCCCAUGAAAAGCCGUCGCAGUGGUGUUGGUGUGAUCGCUUAUGGAGAUCUAGUGUAUGCUGUUGGUGGUUACGAUGGCGCCAGUCGUUUGCGGAGUGUGGAGGCCUACAACCCGCUGACUAACAUCUGGCGUGAUGUUGCAUCAAUGUACAACCCACGCAGCAACUUUGGCAUUGAGGUAGUUGAUGGUCAGUUGUUUGCUGUCGGAGGCUUUAAUGGACUUGGCACCACCUGUGAUGUAGAGUGCUAUGAUGAGAAGACAGAUGAAUGGUUUGAUGCAAAUGAAAUGACCAUUUACCGCAGUGCUCUGAGUUGUUGUGUAGCCUCAGGAUUGCCUAACAUGGCACAGUAUGCUGCCCCACGAGACGCCGUACAGACACAAGACGAGUCUGACAGUGAAUGAUCUCCUUCUAGCAGAUCUGACAGUCUGAUUACAAAUGGAGUGUCAUGUUUCCUGAAUAAAUGCAUUCAAAAAAGAGGCUGUAAUCUAAUUGUUAAACUUCCUCUCAGGUGUAGUGUUGUUCAUUAAAAAGAUUGUAGGUUCAAACCUCGCAAGGGAU